AUCCUGUAGAAGCAUAGAUUGCAAUCAUCAUGUGCAUUUGAAAAAAGUAGUAAUUGCUUUUAAAUUUCCGUUGUUGGUUAAUUUAAACUGUACCUUAAGAUAUUGAUUUGUAUUUCAGAUACAACAGCAUUAACGAGUUUUUACAGGAGUGUACAGUACUUGAUCCUCGGUUUAAGGCUUCAUGCCUUACACAACAGGAAGCCUUUGACACAUACCACAGAAUCUGUUCACUGGCAGCCAACACAAGACCAGCGAAGGUUAAGGUAGAACCAGAGGCAGACGUGGUCACGAGAGAGGCAUCUCAUACACCCCCACUUCCAGUCAUGCCAGAUAAUGACACUUCUGCAGAUGUUAAGCCAGCAGUUCCUCCUGUGAGUGAAGUCACAGCUUCAAUUACUACCCAGUCAGCUCCCAGUGAAAGUGGUGGUUUAGCGUCUAUCCUAGGAGAUGUUAUUUUUGUGAGAGAGGACAGAACACAAAUUAAAUCUGAUAUGGAACGUGCAAAUGCUGAAAUUGAAAACUUUAAAACUGAACCACUUGUUCCAAUGUCAUCCGAUCCAUUAGUGUGGACGAAGAAUAAUGAAUGGCAGUUCCCUCUUGUAUCAAGCUUGGCACGUCAAAGACUGUGUAUCCCUGCUACAUCUGUCCCUUCAGAACGUGUCUUUAGUACUGCUGGGGAUAUUGUAACUGCCCAGAGGGCAGCUUUAAGUCCAGAAGUUGUUGACAUGUUGAUAUUUCUUAAGAAAAACAUUUAAAAAGCCCCAAGGACACAGGGUACUUAUUCAUUCUAUAGAUACAUGUAUGUGUUCUAAAAGAAUAAUAAGAAGAGUUGAAAUAUAGCUUACGUUUUUCUGUUUUCUUUAAUUAUUUUAGUAUACACUGUACCACAAUACGUAUCGCAAUACAGGCUGUCUAUAUCGCAAUAUAUCGCAAUACGGGUUUGGCUGUAUCGUUGCA